AUGGAUUCCGAUGAAUUCGAUGACGAUAUCGCCGAUGAGGAUAUGCUUGCUGCCUUUGAUCAAUUCUCGUCUUCUAAUGGAAAACAAAUUGUAUCCCCAUUUUUUCCCAACAGAGUUAAUACGAAUAACUCUCUUGGAUUGAAUGAUGAGCAGAGAGCGGCCCAGGAGCUCAAUGAUUUACCUUCAGAUGCAUUCUCUUCACCGGAACCUCCCAGAAAGAACGUGCAGGCAUCGGCAAGACCGGCAGUAACUGCACGCACUGGCUUCAGUCGGACGAACUCGGGGGCUUUUAGGCAGACUACAUUAUGGGGUGGCCAUGCAGCAACUGAUGAUGUUCCUCGCGCAUCUCAACCUGCGACUACCAGGGUCUAUCGCGCUGAUCUGCCUCCUGAACAACCCAGUCCGCAUCAGCUUGACAGAGAGGCGAUGAAGACUUGGGUGUACCCUACAAAUUUGGGGCCAACUCGCGACUACCAGUACAGUAUUGUCAGGAACAGCCUGUUCAACAACACAUUGGUAGCCUUGCCAACAGGCCUGGGAAAGACGUUUAUUGCUGCCACAGUGAUGUUGAACUUUUACCGUUGGACAAAAACGGCCAAAAUCGUCUUUGUGGCGCCGACCAAACCGCUUGUGACUCAGCAAAUUGAUGCUUGUUAUAACAUUGCGGGAAUUCCUCGAUCGGAGACGACGCUUCUUACUGGCGACAUUGCUCCUGCACUGCGGAGCGAUGAGUGGGAAAAGAGACGAGUCUUCUUCAUGACACCGCAGACCCUCCUCAACGAUUUGUCACACGGAUACGCAGACCCAAAAAGCAUUGGACUUAUUGUCAUUGACGAAGCACAUCGUGCGGUGGGAGAAUAUGCGUAUGCCAAAGCCACAAAACUUAUUCGUCGAUUUUCUAAUAGUUUUCGAGUAUUGGCUCUGACGGCCACACCUGGAUCAAAGGUUGAGACGGUUCAAGAGGUAAUUGAUAAUCUGGGGAUCUCGCACUGCGAAAUCAGAACCGAAGAGUCUUUGGAUAUUCGGCAGUAUGUGCAUCAGAGGAGUAUCGACCAAAUAGUUCUCGACCCUUCAGAUGAGAUCAAUCUUAUUGGAGAGCUCUUUACUGAGGCCCUCAAGCCACUGACUGAGAAGCUCAGCGCCCAAAAUAUAUGGUAUGGACGGAAUCCAAUGGCUCUCACAACUUACGGUUUGAUACAGGCGCAGAAGGAGUGGUUUGCUGCGCGCGGGCAUCGUACAAAUCAAGGUGUUCAGUUUAUGAUGCGGGCGAUAUUCAGCGUGCUGACCAGCCUUGCUCAUUCAAUCAAACUGCUGCAAUAUCAUGGUAUCCGGCCUUUUUACGAUAAUAUGGUCGACUUCCGCAGUGAACAGGAAGGGAAGGGUGACAAGGGAUCCAAGUACAGACGCCAAAUCAUUGACAGUACUAGCUUCCAAGAAAUGAUGGAUAAGAUUUCUGGAUGGCUCAAGAUGGAUGGCUUUGUAGGUCACCCAAAACUAACCGCCCUGGCUGAUUGCGUGUUGAACCACUUCAUGGACAACGGAGAGGCAACACGAGUCAUUGUGUUCAGCGAGUAUCGUGAUUCUGCCGAGGAGAUUGUGCGCAUGUUUAAUACCCACCGGCCUCUCAUAAAAGCUACUGUCUUUGUUGGACAGGCAGAUGGAAAGCGCGGCGAAGGCAUGAAGCAGAAACAGCAAAUAGAAACCAUUGAGAAGUUUAAGACCGGUGCCUACAACGUUUUAGUCGCCACGUCGAUUGGAGAGGAAGGUUUGGAUAUUGGUCAAGUUGAUCUCAUCGUAUGUUAUGACUCUUCAGCAUCACCUAUUCGAAUGCUGCAGCGAAUGGGCAGAACAGGACGAAAGCGCGCAGGCAACAUUGUGCUGCUCCUGAUGAGAGGCAAAGAGGAGGAACAAUUUGCUAAGUCAAAGGAUAACUAUGAGAAAAUGCAACAGCUCAUUUGCGAAGGAAGUCGAUUCAACUUUCGGUUUGAUCUCUCUACAAGGAUUGUCCCCCGGGAUAUACGCCCAGAGGUGGACAUGCGUCAUGUGGAGAUUCCAGUUGAAAACACGCAGAACACAUCAUUACCAGAACCUAAGAAGCGACAAGUUCCCAAGGGAAAGAAAAAACCACCCAAGAAAUUCCAUAUGCCAGAUGGCGUUCAGACCGGUUUUCAGAAGGUCAGUGAUUUUAUGAAGGUCACGCCAAACACAAAGCAGCAUUCGUCCAAAUCCAGCUCGAAGCCGGAGCGGAAUCAGGAGUUGGAUGAUAUUACCACAGUCCCUGAAUUGGAGCGUGUUGUGCUUGGUUCAGAUGAGCUUUAUGAGCUCGAUCGAACUUAUCGAAAUUUACCAUUCAGCCGUAGUGUGGUUGAAGAAACUGAUUUGCCGAGCAUGACUGCUUAUCCGACAUUACAAAGACAGUUACGACCGACUGCCCUAGUUGCUCAUGGGACUCACACAAAACGCUACAUCAAAGUAUUGCAGAAGAUGGGGGCGCAUCCUGAUAGCCUGGUGAGGCCGUGUCGCGAUGAGGAUACAAGUGAUUAUCUCGAGAUCCCAGUAAAGCCCUUUGUGUUUUCUGAUAAUGGUGAGACGGAUGCGAGCGAUGCGAGCGAUAAUCGGAAUACACCAGAUGGAAGAAAGCGACCAGUGAUUGAAGUUGAUUCGGACAACAGCGCCCCAGGAGGUGAGGCUAAGCAGCAGAAGAAGAGAAAGAUUUCAGCUCCAAAAACUCAGCCACCAACCAAAAAGACCCGGCCGAAAAAGAUUGCUCGGCCUGCCACCCCACCGGAAUUGGAUCCAGAAGAUGAAGAGCUGUUUGACUCUGAUCUUGACAUAGAUGUCGAAGAGGAGGAGCCUGGGCUACCACCUCGACUAAGUGAGGCAAAGAGACGGAAAAAGUUGAACGCAAAAUCUAAAGGCAAAUAUUCACGGAAAGCUGCCAUUGGAAGCGAUGAGAUAGGAGACGACUGUGAAAGAGAUAGUGAUCUGCUGGACGAGAGUGACUCGGACGAUGGGGCAGAUCUGCUAGAUUUUGUUGUAGGAGAUGACCAGGCAACUUCUAGCAUGCUAGAUUCUGAGGCGACAUCACCUAUACGGCCGAAUGAACGGACACCCCGAGCAGAAGCGAGAAAACCCUACUUUGUACCAACUCAGUUUACAGCAACACAAGAGAGCGAAGACGUUCCCGAGUUUGAUCUGCUUGUUGGCUCUUCCAAGAGUCGGCCGAACGAAACGUCUGCACCAGCUAAGAGGGCGCGACGGGGAAGACCUGCACUCUUGGACAGCGAUGACAGUGAUUAUUAAGAUGGGCAAUCAAAGGUCACUGGAGUUUUGAGCAGUGGCAAGACUUGAAUGGAAGGAAUGUUCAAAGAAGAAGACAUGGUAUUUAAAAUUACAGAGUUUUGAAAUUCUUCAAAGAAACUAUCUGCAUGCAGGAAGAUUAUAAAGCUACUAAUUCAUGACUAUAUGCGUCGCAU